CGGAAACAGGUGUUUAUAUUAGUUUUCCCAUUACGCUACUUUGCCACGCGGGGCGUUUCGAGAUCUCUCGCCCCGUCGGCCCCUCCUCCGCGGUAGUGCGAUUUCCUCGAAGAUACCCUCGCCAUCGACUUCGAACCAAUCCAGAUAUCACUGAUACUUCCUCGUUUUCGAUCAUUCUGUCUAAAACCCUAAUUUCCUGGAUCGAUCGAUCGAUCGCUCUUCUCUUUUUGAUACGUUGGGUACGUUUCUUGCCUAGUUCUUGCGAAAUUUGUUCAAUUACAGCUCAAAAUCGCUUCUUUUACUUCCUUUCCAGUUUUCUCGUUCGUUUGAUUCGACAGGAUCGAUCAAAGAGGCGAGUUGUUUAGAUUAUGUCCGCCAUGUUUAGUAGGAUUUUCGGGAAGCCCAAGGAGCAGACGAAUGCCUUGGCCACCCUCGACAAGUUAAACGAGACACUUGAAUUGCUAGAGAAAAGGGAGAAAGUUCUGCUGAAGAAGGUUGCUGCUGAGGUUGAAAGGGCUAAGGAGUUCACCAGAGCAAAGAAUAAAAGGGCUGCAAUACAAUGCUUGAAGAAAAAGAGGAUUUACGAGCAGCAGGUUGAGCAACUUGGGAAUUUCCAAUUGCGUAUCCAUGAUCAGAUGAUAAUGUUGGAAGGUGCAAAAGCUACAACAGAGACUGUUGAUGCAUUAAGAACUGGAGCAUCAGCUAUGAAGGCCAUGCAGAAAGCAACUAAUAUUGAUGAUGUUGACAAGACUAUGGAUGAAAUUAAUGAGCAGACGGAGAACAUGAAACAAAUUCAGGAAGCACUAUCUGCUCCUAUUGGAGCUGCAGCUGAUUUUGAUGAAGACGAAUUAGAGGCAGAACUUGAAGAGUUGGAGGGUGUGGAAUUGGAGGAACAGCUUCUUCAACCUGCCACAACUGCUCCUGCUGCUCCAAUGCCUGUCCCUGCUGCUAGGCAACAGCCUCGGCCUGCUCCACGGAAAAAUACAGCUGAAGAUGAUGAACUUGCAGCAUUACAGGCAGAAAUGGCGAUGUAGGCAGGUCUUUGAUGCUUGAAGUGAGACCAUGUAAAAAUGAUUGUGUACUCUGAUCGAGAUGACAAGAUUCUCCACCUCUAUAGUUUACGUCAUCCAGUGUGUAUACAUUUUCGCUAGGCAUUAUAAUGGUGGCUGAUAUAAAAGACGAUGCUGUCAACUUUGUUUGCCCUUUUUUGAUUUCUUUAAGGUGGAUCGUUCAUGUAAUCACACCAUUAUAAGGCUAACAGUCUAGCUCAUCGUUCUCUCAUGCGCAUAAAGAAUAAGUUAUGAUUCACAGGGUA